UGUGUUGGUCGCUGAUGUUAGUGUAGCAGAUAAGGCGAUUGCAGAUCUCGUUUCCUCGUGUUACCACGUGUUUUGCUUAUAGAUUGAAAUAACGGCACGUUUUAUGAACUAUAACAAACUCUAGAUCGGGCUUAUCGCCAUGUCAAGUCGGGGAUCAAGAGGAGGACACGCUUUCUACGGUCACGACGAUCGCGGCGGCGGUGGCGGCAGCGGUGGCGGCGGCAGCGUCGGAAACGGUGGCCGCGGAAGAGGAAACAAUCGGGGCGGAAGGAUGGGCAACCGAGGAGGCUUUGGGGGUCCUAUCCUGAAGCGCUUCGUCCGCCAGAAGUUCAGGGCACCCACCGGCGCUUACAACACCUACGGUCGAAGAGACGCAGGCGGAGACAGGGCAAGGUUUCAGGAUGACGACGACGACAUCGACAUGCUCGGUGGUGGCGGCAACCUGCCCGACAACAUGAGGGGAAGAUUCAAGCCGUAUGGACCGUACAACCGCAACCGGAGGAAGCGUGGCGGAGGCAACGAGAGGAGGCCGGGAAAUGAGAUGUACGUGCCUCCACACCUCCAGAAGAGAGAUGGGGAGCUGGUCUGGUUCAAGGUUGUGAUUCCCCAUGGCAAAAAGUUUGGCAAGGAGUUCAUCUACAGGGAGAUCAAUGCCAGGACCAACGGGCCUUUCAUCCCCUACAAUUAUCAGCACGACGGCAGCUAUGCGGUGUUCUUUGUGAACGACGCGGCAAGUGCCACGGCAAUCAGGAGUCUGAACAAGACCAUCGAUACCCCUCAAGGCUUCAAGAUGACCAUCAUGCUGAAGAACUCCGAGAUACCCACGGUCACGAUGGAUGACGAUAUCAUUGAGGCCCUCAAGCUGGUGAUGAGUCAGCGGUACGACACGUCCCUCAAGCACCUGAACCUCUCUGGUUUCCACGAGGAGCCGUUCCUGAAGCAGCGUAACCUGUUCGUGCCCCUCUACCGCGUCAGCGUGCUCUCAGUGGCCAUCAAGGUGGUCACCGAAAACAUUCCUGAGCUCGUCUCUCUGGACCUCUCCAACAACAAGCUGUCGGUGCUGUACCCCUUGGCGCCCCUGCAUUCCAAGUGCACUGGCCUGCUGUCGCUCAAUCUCAGCCGCAACAAGAUCCGCAAGAUCACCGAGCUCGACUGCCUGAAAGGCACAGGGCUGCAAGAGCUGGUUCUGGACUCAAACCCCGUGUGCGACGCAUUCACGGACAAGACGUCGUAUGUCAGCGCCGUGCGGGAGCGCUUCCCCAAGGUGCUCCUCCUGGACCGGCAACAGCUUCCGCCCCCAAUCUCCUUUGACCUCGGCAGUCCGGAGGUGAUCCCCGCAAGUAAGCCAAGCUACUUCCCGUCGGAGGACGUCAAGCAAGUUGUGGUGCAGUUCCUGGAGCAGUACUUCACCAUCUUUGACUCCAAGGACCGAAGCGGCCUCUUGGAUGCAUACCACGACAAUGCCAUCUUCUCCAUGAAUUCAUCCAAGCUCCCCAUGGCCAAGACGGACGUUCGGGAGUUUCAGAGGGACAGCCGCAACCUCCUCAAGUUGUACCACUAUGAGGCGAGACGGGAGAAGCUCAAGGUGGGGCGGGUGAACAUCGUGUCGUGCCUGAACCAGAUGCCACAGACCCAGCAUGACCCCUCUUCGUUCACUGUCGACGUGCCCUUGGUCACGCCGACAAUGAUGUGCUUUGCCGUGUUCGGAGUCCUACGUGUUGUGCACAAGGAUGUGGUGCUACCACCCCUCAAGAGCUUCACCAGAACCUUCGUGGUGGUGCCUCAAGGUGCAGGGUUCUCCAUAGUGAACGAGACGCUGUGCAUCACCGGUGGAACCGAGGAGCAGGCCAAGGCGUUCCCAAUGCGCGACAGCGCGCCACCGACUUCGGCCCUGCCGAGCCCAAUGGGUGAACAGGAGAGGCUCGUCUUGGAGCUGUGCGCACAGACGCGGAUGAACAGGCAGUUUUCGGAAAGGUGUUUGGAACAAAACAGCUGGGACCUUCAGAAAGCGUUUGCAGUGUUCACCGAACUCAACGUCCGAGGGGGCAUACCUCCAGAGGCGUUUCAGUCCUAGCAUCAUCCUGGAGUCCGCCACCCUUCUAAAACCAGUUUGGAAGCUGGCUAACGAAAAAACAAAAAUAAAAUUGUUUGUAAAUAUGAAUGAAACACAUUGUAAAUGCACAUUGAAGAAACCAUAUGCAGGGUUGUACUUGAGUUGUUUUAGUUUAUUUUUUAUGUCCCCACAUUUAAUGGGGGUGAAUAAAUGUGUCAAAAUCGAUCUUGA